CAGGAAACGGACCUAGGAAGAAGUGUUUGGACACACUACGAGACUUGCACGGACAUCACUACUAGCAACUAGGAGAUACGACAUUAUGACAUGUUGUGUGCAUCAAGUGGACACGACUUGUUGAAGGAAUACAACAAACACGACCUCCUUAACGACUACACCAAGCAGUGGAAAUCUGACCAGCAUUGGAAGAGUAGCUCAGACACGGGUUCCGGUGCGCCUGACCGGGACACAAGGUGGAAAACUGACGGAGCUUCAACCAGGCACAUUGACACCUCCUCCUGGGUCAGUGACAUCCGCGGUACCGAGCAGGAAAAACUGGUCGAGCAAGCACUAAACCUCGACCUCAACAACUUGUCAGAAAAGCAGCUCGUCGACAUCUUUUCUGCCGUUACAGACGAACCAGAAUGCAAAGCUCAGAAGUACAUCUAUGAUUCGAACAACAACCUGAUUUUGGCUUUCCAGACUUACUUCGACAAUCACAGUAAGCGCGGAACAGACCCACCCUCCUCCUCCACCCUGCCCCACACACCCUCCCGCUCAGACCACUUCCCUCCCGGCCGAUAUCCCAGCAAAGAGUGCAGCGGGUUCACUCCCGAGUGUACCAACUACACGGAUACCGAGUGUAGUGGUAGCAGUUACUCUACGCCAGUUAAACGUGCUAAUAGACCUCAGAGAGACUCCUUCAGUAAAGAUUGUGAUCACAGAUGUUGUAUGGUACAUGCUGACGCUUGUUGUUUCUGUAGCGACUCCCGACCAGAAAUAGAACUGUACGAUAUCUUCAUAAAAGACGAGGGCUACUGUAUUACCCCUUACAGAUGGUUAUUUUACUGCCCUGUUUGCAAACGGAGAACACAAGCGGACAGUCCUCCCCAACGCUCCUCAGGUUCAUACGCUCCUCUGUACAGACCCAAAGCAAGACAGAGAACCUGCUCAAAGCACAGGAUCUGUCCCGCCUCGUGCAACAAAGCUAAAGAUACCUGCGUCAUCUGUUAGCCAGAUGACGAACACAGCGAACACUCAUUAAUUUAUUCAUUUUUAUGUUCAAUGUUAUAUUCGUGUUUAAUCCAUAAUAUUAUAAUCAAGUCUAAUUGAGAUUAUGAGCGUGUUAACGGGGAAACAAAUUAACGGUAAUAAUUGGACUCGCGUACUCGCGUACUUAGGAGGGGCCAGUGUUUAUAUGUUUGUGGUAAAUUUAGCGUCCGGAGCAUGGUCUUCAUGUGGUAUCUGGAUAACUGAUAUAUUUUAAGGUCUAGCAAUGUUUGUAGAACAGUUAACAUAUGGACGCCAUGCCUCACCGCUCAAUUUUCCAUUUUUUUCGUUAAUUGUUUAUUAAAUUUUGUUGAUUAUAUACUAUGCCGGGUACAAUCUUAGUCUCGGGAACAAAAUCACUGUUUGUCUGCUGUCUACGCUAACUAAAAACAGAUCAGUCUGCGACCGCUGUAAUAGUGGCCGUAGUGCCCGCUGCUUGGGGAUUUUGUGAAUUAUUUUGCGUAAGAUCAAAAAGUUAGGAUAUAUAAUGUAGCUCGAUUGUUUUAGUGAUAGGUUUUAUUGAGACGACUUUUGUUCUAAAAAGACGUUCGGAUGAUUGAUUUUUAAAAUGUAGAGCGAUGAAGAGAUGAGAAUGAAAUUGUUUUGUUUCCUCUUCUGUUGAUGUGAUGGUGGAUUUGAGUCACGCUGAAAACUUCGUUUCAAAAUCUUCAAUUGUUUUAUACCGCCUGAGGGUCUGUUACACAAAAAUUUCUAGAGCUGGUCUGUUUUUGUGACGACUUGUCCAAAAUCCAGUUUAUUAACUGAUUUUAUGUAAAUGAUAAAUUUUAUUGAUAUAACCACAUUCCACAACGCACUUGGUUUUUGAAUUUUCUAUGUGGACUCCCUGGCGGUAUAAUUAUAAAGUAUCGUUAAGUAUUUAUUUCGAUGGCCAUUUUCUAUUCUAAGCACUCGAAGAUAAUUUGAUUUACUAACAAAUAAUCUCUCGUCAAUUUAACAAACAGAAUUUUUAAACACCAGUUUUAAGAGUAAAACGGUGGGUUUUAAGAUUGUUAGUAAAUCAUUUUCGGUGCACUUGCUCUCAACAAAGUCUAAACACAAAUUUUCUACAUUUUCAUUUACACAGAAUAUAUCAUUGUUUUCUUUUGUGUCCGACUAUUUUAUAUUUAAACAAUUGAGAAAUUAUAAUCAUAAACCUAAUUGAA